GACGCGAAAUAGAGUGGCUGCCUUGCCGCAUGGCCGUGGACGAGUCGGCCGCCAACGAAUCGUGCGUCGGCCCCAGCUCUGAGGGUGCGGGCAAGGCGAGCAGCUGCGAGGGUUGCCCCAACCAGCAGGCCUGCGCCGCGGGCGCCGGCCGCGCCGUCGACCCGGACCUCGAGGUGAUUGCGCAGCGGCUCGCGGGCGUCAAGCGCAAGCUGCUGGUGCUCUCGGGGAAGGGCGGCGUGGGCAAGUCGACCAUGACCGCGCAGCUCGGCUUCGCGCUCGCCGCGCGCGGCCUCCGCGUCGGGCUGCUCGACGUGGACAUCUGCGGCCCGUCGCUGCCGCAGAUGCUCGGGCUGCGCGGCCAGUCGGUGCACCGAGCCGCGUCCGGCUGGUCGCCCGUGUACGUCAACCACCCGGACGACGCAGCGGCCGCCGACGUCGAGCUGGGCGUCAUGUCGGUCGGCUUCAUGACUCCGUCGGACGACGCGGCGCUCAUCUGGCGCGGCCCGCGGAAGAACGGGCUGAUCCGGCAGUUCCUCACGGACGUGGACUGGGGCGAGCUCGACUACCUGCUGGUGGACACGCCGCCCGGCACCUCGGACGAGCACAUCUCGCUCGUCCAGCUGCUCGGCGCCACUCUCGGCCCGCACGACGGCGCGAUCGUCGUGUCGACGCCGCAGGAGGUGGCGCUGCUCGACGUGCGCAAGGAGCUCUCCUUCUGCGCAAAGACGCAGCUCCGCGUCCUCGGCGUGGUCGAGAACAUGAGCGGCCUGGCCGUCCCGCUGCGCUCGCUCACGCUGCGCGACGCCGACGGCGCCGACGCGACCGGCCCGGCGCUCGCCCUGCUCGCCGAGCGGUGCCCCGAGCUGCUCGAGCUGUCGGCGCACGUGGACGUCUUCCCCGCCGCCCGAGGCGGCGCGGAGGCCAUGGCGGCCAGCUUCGGCGUCCCCUUCCUCGGCCGCGUGCCGAUCGAGCCGGCCCUCACGCGCGCGUGCGAGGCGGGCCGCCGCUCGCUGCCCGGCUCGCCUGACGUCGUGAGGCCGAUCGCUGACCGCAUCCUUGCGUCGACCGAGAUGGAGCGCGAGGCGGAGGAGGCGGCCGCCUCGAUGAUGGACGGGUCCCUGUAGUGUUGCGCUG